UUGAAACACCUUUAAAAUUAAAGAAGUAAUACAAUCAAUUGAUGAUCCCUAUUUCGAAGGGACACAAAUACGCUCCUGCUUAGGCAGCCCUCCGUUCAACGAAGGAAACCGAAGAGAACGACCGCUUAGUUUCGGCUUAGAAACGAGAAGCAUCGUGGUGUCUUUCCGUUUUGAACAGUGAACGAUGUUAGUGUUUUAAGAACGUUACGAUACGAAUGGAUAGAAAAAAGAAAUGAACAUUGUUGCGACUGUUGGACUGAUUAUUAUAUUUCUAAUCAAAUGGUAAGAUUACUCUGAAAUUCGUUCGUUAUUACGAUAUCGAGGUAUUUCAUUUCUUUUUUCUCUUUUCCUUCUUUUUUUUCCUUUAUUAUUAUUUUUUUUUUUUUAUUUUUUUAUUAUUAUCAUUUCUUUUUUGUAAUAUCUUAUAAAAUUUUAAAUUACAUUGGCACGUAGUUAGACAGUUGCGCGUAAUACUUGGUGCGCAGACAAAAGAGACAAAUUUAUGCGAGAAAGAGAAUCCGAAAUACAUAUGUACAUACAUACCUACGUGUUUGUAUAUAUAUAUAUAUAUAUAUAUAUAUAUAUAUAGUGUGUGUAUAUAUAUGUAUAUAAUAUAUAUCAAUUUUUCAGCACAUGUAUUACUAUAGUAACUUUGAUCUCCUUCUAGUCUUCUUGGUUAGAUUACGUAACACGAAUGGCGCAGGCGCGAGGGCUCCGAAGAAUUUUUCAUCGAUAAGGCCCCUGGUCCUUCGUGUCGGAAGGGGGGUCUGUCGAUGUGUCUCAUCGCGAGUGAGAAAACGUUAAAUUGUGUCUAGAGAAGACUCAUCGUCAUGGCGGAUCGACGUAGGAUCUUCGUACGAAGUAAGAAAGUGUUAUGUGUUUUAAUAAUAAGUCCCAUAUUGUUGAUAAAAUGUCAUCAACUUUCGUAGUAAGCAAUGCUAAGACGUAAAAAUAAUCGGAUAAUAUCUUUUUGGCGGGAAAUUUCAAAGAACGUUAAUACACAACGAUUUUGCUUUACUUGGACGUAUAUACCGUCAACGAUAUAUAUAUACGUAUCGUGCGUUAUAGUUUCGAAGAAUGAGAAAAGACUCGAAGCCAAAAUGAGAACUUUCGUCGCAUUACAAAAUUCGCAGUGAGUUUCAACAUACGAGGCCAUCUUCGAAAACGAACAAGACCGAAGGCAGUUUUGGCGCGUACGUGACUCCAAAGCGCGGCCAAGAGAUGGCGUAGUGUUUACGAACAAAAAAGAAGAAAAGGAGAUACGCUGUUGGUGAAAGGGUUAUGUGAUUAAUAGACGAAACACUCUGGAUGUAUGUAAAUGUGUUAUCGACUGUCGGAACGCGUCGUAAACGAUAGAAAAUGUUCCAACGUAAUUGUCCACUAUGAUUGAAUCUUCGAACAAAUUCGUCUCAACGUUAACGGACGAUCUAAAGUCAACACAUAACGAAUUAAUAUAGCAAAUAAAUUCCAUUCGUAAACCCAUUCGUGUGGAAGCUGCUUUAACGUAAGAAAAAUUACUAGAACUCCCAUGUUGAAUCCUAGGGAAUUAUCAAACAAUUUCUAAAACGUUAAGGCCUGUACUGAGUCGUUGUCAUCAAAAACCUAGGUGUAUCAUUGUCGAACGUACCUAACUAGAGACUAAGAAGAAAUAACCAGGAGACUUCGGAUUCUAUAAAUUGUAUAUUCUUAGCCAGUUGCCAGCGCGCCAGGCAGCUCCAAGUCUAUCCAAUCGCUCAGCUCACGAGCCGGCCUCGUGUGCGCGCGCGACACCCCGGACGGAAAGGUUCGUUUUCUUCGCCGGUGGCCGCCUCGCAAGCAUGCCGAGGCGGGGCUCCUCCGCGUCUUAACGAGAACUCGGCGGUUAAAUUAUCUAUCUAAGCGCUUCUUCCAGUUGGGUAAGAGAAAAAGGAACGUUUAGAAUACAUCACCGAAGAGAGAGCAGAAGAGAAAGAGAGAGACUACUACCCGUCCGACGUCCCCAUCGUUACGUCGUCGGGCCUCUCUCGCACACAAGCGAGACACGACGGCGGUUAACAGCUGAUCGUCGAAGCCGUCCGCCAUCUUGGCGCAUGCGUGAGAUGCAUCGACGAAGUAUUCGUAAAUAAUAACGAUGCCACGAGUACGAAGACAGGUCGUCCUGGAGGACCCGGCCAGGCCUGUAACGCCGGAUAUGAUGGAAACAAAGUUGUUGAAAACAGAAUAUCUGGACGAUGGCUCGUUAGACGAGAUACAGUCGCAAAAGGUAGCAGAAGAAACGCCGAGUCCUCAUUUGCAGGAUCAUCAAUAUGGACAAACUCCUUGCUAUCAAGUAUCCAGGAAGCCAACUCAACCACCACCUAGAACCGAGCAGAUAUCGGUACAGGCGGUUAAAAGAAGACUGAAUUUGGAGGUUGGAACAACGGGAGCUAGUCAUUCUACGUUCAAAGCACCUAGAGGUAAACGUAGAAGAUCUGGAUCAAAUUCUAUAGCCGGUCAUACGCCUACGAAAAGUAAAACUGUGGAAAGAACACGUUACGACACAUCGUUGAGUUUACUUACGAAAAAGUUCAUACACUUGGUCGAAAGUAGUCAAGAUGGUGUAGUCGAUUUAAACGUAGCGUCUGAAAAGUUGGAGGUACAAAAGCGUCGUAUAUACGAUAUCACGAAUGUAUUAGAAGGCAUUGGAAUUUUAGAGAAGAAAAGUAAAAACAAUAUACAAUGGAAGGGUGGUCAGCUACCCAACGACAGGAACGAUAUCGCUACGCUAAGGAAAGAAUUAGCGGACUUAGAAGCUAAAGAGAAUACCCUAGAUCGAUUAAUACAUGGUGCUGAUAAAAAUCUUAGGGAACUCUGUGCGGAUAGGCAAUAUGCUUACGUAACGUAUCAUGAUUUACGUUCAGUCCCAAUGUACAAAGACCAAGCGAUAAUGGCGGUUAAGGCACCACCAGAAGCUACUCUUCAUGUCCCUCAACCUAUUAACAGUCUCGGUCAACAGAAGCUACAAAUGCACAUGAGGUCGUCACACGGAGAAAUCGAAGUAUUUCUAUGCCCAGACGAUCCAACUGUUAAAUCUCCUACUCCUGGGUAUGCGACGACACCAACACCGACACCAACACCAACACCGACACCGACACCAACAUCAACACCACCGACAACAACGACGACGACGACGCGAUCCGUGCCUUCUGUAAAAGAAUCGGAAGUACCUUAUCUCCCUCCGGAACUUUUAGUCAACGGAGUUACCGAAGUUCGUGUCAAACAAGAACCUAAUCCGGAAGUUAGUGUUCUAAAUAGUUGUACGAGUAUGCCGUCUACGUCGAACGAGGUUACUACCAGUAUAGCGGGUAUGAGGGACGCAUUGCUCUGCGAAUCGGAUGAUUAUGGACCAAUGGGCGGUGGCAAGUUCCAGCUUCAAACAGAGGACCAAAUUGACGCUACAGAUUUAAGCAUUCUCGAUUUUGGGGAACACCUGCUAUCUUUGGAGCCACCAUUAUCUGAAAGUGACUACUCGUUCUCGUUAGGCACAGAGGAGGGUCUAUCGGAUCUCUUCGAUUACACGUUCUAGAAAUGUCAUCGCUAUCAUUAUCACCAUUAUCACCACCACCACCACCAUCAUCUUCGUCAUUAUCAUCCUCAUCAUCAUCAUCAUCAUCAUCAUCACCAUCAUCAUCACCAUCGCCAUCAUCAUCAUUAUCAUCGCUAUCACGAAGGCACUCUUGUCUUUUUGGACUAUCAUUAUGAGUUCGCCUCCAUGAUAAACAAUUGGACGAAGAUGCUUUUCGGUUUAGUUUACAAUGCGCCUUUGCAACUAACGAUUAGUAUAAUUUUUUGUUGUUGCUGUUUCGUUACACAUACAACAAACGUUCUCGCCUCGUUCUUAAAUAUUAUCGUGAGAUUAUUUUAAAUCCUAUAUAAGAUUUCUAAUGUUUUAAUCAAUAUCCGCACGUAUUCACGAAUGAUUUCAAGAAGUAUGAACGAAUAAUAAGGUAUUUCAAAAUAAAAACAAUAUAAUAAGAAAAAAAGAUUACAAAACAAUAUAUAUAUAUAUGUAUAUGUAUAUAUAUAUAUAUAUGUAUAUGUGUAUAUAUAUAAGGUAAAACAAAAAAUGUUGCUUCAUUUCGUUUCUUUAUUUGCGAUGGUACAAUAUCAUACUGUUAAUUUUAAUGAGAAACAAAACAUAAACAAUUUCUAUAUUACAAAUAUUAAUUAAGUUUUCAAAGCCUCGUGUUUCUUUUAAUAUAUUUUAUUUUCUCCGCUGAUCACAUAAAAUUUCUCUUUUUUAUAUAUGCUGAAACAAUAUGAUGGUGUUAUCCUUUUAAGAAAAAUUAUUAUCAUUAAUAUUAUUAUUAUUAUCAUUAUCAUUAUUAUUAUUAUUAUUAUCAUUAUUGUUAUUAUUAUUAUUAAUAUUAUUAUUAUUACUAUUAUUAUUAUUAUUACUAUUAUUAUUAAUAUUAUUAUUAUUAUUAUUAUUAUUAUUAUUAUUAUUAUUAUUAUUAUGGUCAUCAUCAAAGCUGAAAUUUUAACGUAAGAAAAUUACGAAAUAUGAGUUAAUUCGCGAGGCACAAGAGAAACAUAUCAGCCAUAGUUUUUAAUAACGGCGUUUGCGUGUAAAACCAACAACAACAACAACAUCGUGAUAUGAUAAGUUUCGAAGACAAUUGAAUUUUGUGUGUAACGAUAACGUGAAGCUUCAUUCUCUAACGGAGUAGUAAGAGGCGCUCUUUCCGUGCAAUUUAUUAUAUUAAUAUAAUGUAAAUGAGUUGUGCGUUGUGAGGAAUAUAGGAGACGGUAUACAAAGAGAAGAGAGACUGGGCCUAUGGCAGGUAAAACGAUCGUGUUUUCUUUCAUUUUUAUUUUUUUUUGUUUUUUGUUUUUGUUUUCAUCUUUUAUUUUCUUUUCUUGUUUUAUCCAUGAAGAGAGAUGAGAUAUAAUUAUAUAACAAGAACAAGAACAAAAGAAAAGAGAGCUACGAAUCGUAAUGAAAUAUAUUUGAUAUAAAUUGUCAGUUGCUUAUACACAUGUGUGUGUGAAAGAUGUUGUUUUUUUUUAAUAACUAUAAAUCUCUUCUUCUUCUUCUU